AUGGCAUGGUGUGACCGAGGGGUUCAGACUUUGCUGGCAAUCGUGGGGGCCUUUGCCGCCUUCAGUCUCAUGACCAUCGCCAUAGGCACCGACUACUGGCUGUACUCCCGGGCGUACAUCUGCAACGCCACUAAUGCCACCACGGACGAGACCCAGCUGCAAACCAAGAAAGUCCGAGGCGACCUGACCCACUCCGGACUGUGGAGGAUCUGCUGCAUUGAAGGUAUCAACAAAGGAAGCUGUUUUCAGAUCAAUCAUUUUCCAGAGGAUAACGACUACGAUACAGACAGCUCAGAGUACAUCUUACGUAUAGUUCGUGCAUCGAGCCUCUUCCCCAUCCUCAGCACCGUUCUGCUGAUGCUGGGUGGCCUGUGCGUCGGGGUCGGGCGCAUCUACAACAACAAAAGCAACAUCCUGCUCAGCGCCGGCAUCCUGUUUGUGGCUGCAGGCCUGAGCAACAUCAUCGGCAUCAUCGUCUACAUCUCCAGCAACGCCGGAGAUCCCAGCGACAAGAAGGACGAGGACAAGAAGAACCAGUAUAACUACGGCUGGUCCUUUUACUUCGGCGCCCUCUCCUUCAUCGUGGCUGAGUCAGUGGGUGUUCUUGCGGUCAACAUAUAUAUAGAGAAAAACAAAGAGACACGCUUCAGAGCCCGGCGCGACUUCAUCAAAACCACCUCCUCAUCCUCGCCAUACUCUCGGAUCCCAAGUUACCGCUACCGACGAAGGCGCUCACGCUCCAGUUCGAGGUCGAGCGACCCGUCUCGCGAGCCCUCCCCAGUGGGCCUGAAGAUGGGUGGAGGAAGCGGCGCAGGAGGAGGAGGAGGAGGGUUGGGGAUGGGUUUGCCGAUGGGGGAUAUAUCCCUGUACGCCCUCAGCAGGGACCCUCUGAAGGGCGGAAGUGGGACCGGAGGGCCCUACAGCCCAGAGAGGGACUUUUUACAAGUCCACAACUGCUUCCAGAAAGAUUUGAAAGAUGGAGCGAACAGGAGGACCACACCGGUAUGA